UCGCCCUAGCCCCUCUCCCCUCUGGAGAUGCUCGUAGACUUCUUUCCUGUAUAUUAUGGCCCCAUAGAUGGCGCCACACUUUCGUUUAUUUUAAUGUGAACUGGCUGUAGUUUUAGUCAAAAAGUACGUUAAGUUUUCCAUUGAAUCAGUGAGGAACUAAGCGGUAAAUAUGGUUCAGGAAUACCAGUCACCGGUCAGGGUUUACAAAUAUCCAUUUGAGCUCGUCAUGGCCGCAUACGAAAAGCGGUUUCCAACAUGCCAUAUGAUUCCCGUUUUCCUAGGUAGUGACAUUGUCUCUGAAUACAAAAGCGAUGACGGAGCUGUCCAUAUUAUCGAGCGAAGAUGCAGACUAAAUGUUGAUGCUCCAUAUUUACUCAAAAAGAUAAUUGGUGUAGACUUUGUCUAUUUUAUCCAAACGAACAGUCUAAAUCGUCGAGACCGGACCCUUUCCAUCUCCGCUUAUAAUGAAAGCUUUUCUUCACGUGUUGAAGUGAAGGAAAACUGCUUCUACUCGGUACACCCAGAUAACCCUGACUGGACUUGCUUUGAGCAGGAUGCUAGUCUAGACAUCAAGGCGUUUUUUGGUUUCGAGGCUGCUGUUGAGAAACUUGCUAUCAAGCUCUAUCUUCAAAAUAUUAAGAAGGGAAAAGAGGUAAUCCAAUAUUACAUAGAUGAGCUAAUAAGUGAAGGUGUCACAUUCAUUGAGCCGUUUGAGGGUGCACAAAGCAAACCACGCACAAGAAGUUGUACAGAAGCCCUUCCGCCAGUGGAUAGUGAACAGGCUCCAGCACUUCCUAUUGCAAGCUCAGCCGUUGAGGCAUCUGCCGACCACUCUAUAGAUAACUCUUUACAAGAUUACAAGCUAGACGAUGACUACAUUCAGAGAUUUCUCGGCAAGCUUACUCCACGAGAGGAAAACCAGCUCAUCCAGCUGCGUAAAAAGCUUGGCGAAGCUCACAAGGGAAAGAUGCCAAACGAUGCUCAUUUGCUGAGGUUUUUACGAGCAAGAGACCUGCAUCUUGAGAAGGCCUAUGAAAUGCUCUGCCAGUCAUUGGCCUGGCGCAGGCACCACCAUAUAGACAAUAUCCUGGAAAUCUGGAAACCUCCUGAACCUUUGCUGGACUAUUAUUGUGGGGGCUGGCAUCACCAGGACAAAGAGGGUCGUCCCGUUUACAUUCUUAAACUUGGUAGCAUGGAUGUCAAAGGGCUUUUAAAGGCAGUUGGUGAAGAUGGGUUUCUUAAACAUGUGGUCUCUAUUAAUGAAGAGGGCUUGAAGAAGACGGAAAUACUUACUAAGGAGACGGGAAAACCUGUCAGUUCAUGGACCUGCCUUUGCGACCUGGAAGGGCUAAGUAUGAGGCAUCUGUGGCGGCCAGGAAUCAAGGCCCUGUUACGGGUGAUUGAGAUGGUAGAAGUGAACUACCCCGAGACCAUGGGUCGGCUGUUGAUUGUGCGAGCACCUCGAAUCUUCGGCGUGCUUUGGACUUUAGUGAGUCCUUUUAUAGACGAAAAUACAAGAAACAAGUUCCUUAUCUAUGGAGGAAACGACUAUCAGGGCCCAGGCGGUGUGACAGACUACAUCGACGCUGAGUAUCUGCCAGAUUUUCUCGGAGGGCCAGCAGAGUGCAAGAUCAAAGAGGGUAAACUGGUCCCGAAAAGCUUGUACCGAUCGUUAGAUUUCGAGGAUGGGAAUGAGCCGUCCUUUGCGAGCGAUAUCUACCAGACGGUCCACGUAAGCAAAGGCUCGCCUCAUGAGGUCCUAGUUAGCAUGUCCCAGUCCGAGUCUGUGAUCACGUUGGACUUUGACGUCAUGAAAGCGGAUGUGACGUUUACAGUCUUUCGUCACAAGCGACCGCGCGAAGCCAUGAGCUCAAAUAGCCUGGGCAGCUUUGGCAGCAACACUUCCCUGAACUCCGCUGGAGUGAUCGCUGGCGUGGACGCUUCUGUGGUAGAGAAACCCCGUCAUUGCAGGGACGGCGAGUCUGUACAGGGUACCCACGUGUGCUCGAUACCCGGCGUAUACGUGCUUCAAUGGAAGUUCAAGUCUGGGUUGCCGUCAGGCCAGGCGCAUGCGCGGCACAACAGAGCCAAGGUCAUGUUCUACUACGAGGUGCUCUCAUCCGGGGACUUCAGGGGCUCUAUCUCAAGUCUGGAGUCCUGUCAUAGCGGCUUCAGUCAGCUGAGCCAGUCCACCGCGACCAGUCGCGGGUCCACGGCAAGCACGUCCAGAUAGCUAUCAGCCCGACCUCUCCUGCAUUAACACACGGCACGUACUGAUCACGUGGGCAACACUUGCUGUUCACGUGAGAGACACUUGCUGUUCACGUGAGAGACACUUGCUGUUCACGUGAGAGACACUUGCUGAUCACGUGAGCGACACUUGCUGAUCACGUGAGAAACACUUUCUGAUCACGUGAGAGACACAUGCUUAUCACGUGAGAGACACUUGCUGAUCACGUGACACUGUAAAGAGACAAGCGCUGAUCAUGCGAUACGCUGCCCCUGAGCACGUGAUCACGUAAUAUACUGAUCACGUGGCAAAUGAGUAGAGACGUGCUGCUUACGUGACACACUAUCUGGACAUGUGUUGAUCAUGUGACGUACUAUACCUAGACAUGUGUUGAUCAUGUGACGUACUUUACCUGGACAUGUUUUAAUCAUGUGAUGUACUAUACCUGGACAUGUGUUGACCAUGUGACGUACUAUACCUAGACAUGUGUUGAUCAUGUGACGUACUAUACCUAGACAUGUGUUGAUCAUGUGACGUACUUUACCUGGACAUGUUUUAAUCAUGUGAUGUACUAUACCUGGACAUGUGUUAAUCAUGUGCCGUACUAUACCUGGACAUGUGUUGAUUACAUGACGCACUCUACUCGGACAUGUGUACUAUACCUGGACAUGUGUUAAUCAUGUGCCGUACUAUACCUGGACAUGUGUUGAUAAUGUGCCGUACUAUACCUGGACAUGUGUUGAUUACAUGACGCACUCUACUCGGACAUGUGUUGAUCACGUGACGUUCCUGGACAUGUGUUGAUCAUGUGACGUACUAUACAGGGACAUGUGUUGAUCACUUUUUUGUGUAGUCCUUGAGUCUUUUUUCACGUAACAAGCUAUGUUGGUGCACGUGAUGAGCUAUGUUAGUCCACGUGAUAAGCUAUGUUAGUCCACGUGACGAGCUAUGUUAGUGCGUUAAUCAGGGCAGGUGAAGGAUCUAGAAUGACAUUUUUAUUGUACAUAUAAAAAUGAACAAAUCUGUCGCAUUAUGUGAUGCAUUACAUAUUUUAAAAAUUUUUGAAUUAAUAAUUCAGCUUAGGUAUGGGAAUGGCAGCUUCGUUUUAUUGAUAUUUUCUUUCGAAAAAGAAAUGUAAGCACAGAAAUGAUACAAAUUAUCCUUCGAAUAUAUUUCAUUAUAAAGUAAGAAUGCAGAAAUGUUCGCUUUGAACUAGUGUUUGACUAUUGCUCGUAUUUUCAAUUUGUAUUUAAUUGUCGGGCUGAGACCCAGAAUCAAAAACGUUACUUGAAUUAAAUGUGACAGGUGCGCUAAUUUGUAAAAAAAAAGAUGUAAGCAAAUAGCGAGCUGUUGUUAUUAGCAUGGCUAUUAUCCAGCUCUAAUUUGAAAAUGUUAAUGUCAGUUUGGACUGAUAAUUCAGCAGGUUUCUCAUAGAGCUGGAAAAAUGUUUUGCAACCCUAUUGUAUAUUACAGUAUAAAUAUAGCUUUAUUUAAAAGACCCUUGACCCGACUCGUGUGGCGGAUCUUUUACUGCCGCAAAAUCUAAACGAGAUCUGCAUUUCGGUAGCGAAAUUUACGCACUGUGAAAUCCAGUCCAUCCUACAAUGAAAACAGUACAAUAACAGUAAAUAGGCUUCAAGCAAGUCGGUCCAAGGGUCUUCAAGAAAAAAAAAAUUGAGAUUUUGAAUUUGUAGCGAUGGCCGAAUUAGUGGCUAUUUCUUUUCAUAUAGCGUCAAAAAAAAUCUAGUUUUGGUCCCAGACUCCCUAGGUAACAUGGGGACGCGAAGGGAUUAAGAUUAGACAAUGAACAAUAAUUUGUAUAUUCCAAUUGUCUUUCGGACAAAGUUUGGAUUUUUAUAUCCUUCAAAGGAAAUUAUUCCAAGAUGAAUAGGACAAAAUUCGAAAAUAUUUAAAAAUAAUUCUAGACAAUUUUCCAAUUCUGGCUUACACGUGUUUUAAAAUAAUUCAGCAUUCAUCAAUUAAACUGUCGUUGUUUGCCUAAUUUAUUCGUAAGGAUCUUACAUAUAUUUACCUAUGUAAAAUGUCUGGAAUAUAGUAUCUUGUUUAUACCAAAUUUUGUCUAUACCAGAUAAUGAAAUAAAAUAAAGCUUUUUCUAUUAUUA